AUGGAUUUCCUCACCGUAAUCCUCGGCCUCCUAUUCGCCGUCACCCUCCUCCACGCCGUCCAGACCCUCUCCGCCCGCCGCCGCAACCUCCCCCCCGGCCCCACCCCUCUCCCCCUCAUCGGCAGCCUCCACCUCCUGGGCGACCUCCCCCACCACUCCCUCGCCCGUCUCGCAAAAUCCCACGGUCCCCUCAUGUGCAUCCGCCUCGGCUUCGUCAACACCGUCGUGGCCUCCUCCGCCGCCAUGGCUCGCGAGAUCCUCCAGAAGCAGGACCUCCAGUUCUCCAGCCGCACGGUCCCCGACGCCAUCCACGCCCACGACCAGUUCAAAUACUCCGUCGUCUGGCUCCCUGUCGCCUCCCGCUGGCGAAGCCUCCGCAAGGCCCUCAACUCCAACAUGUUCUCCGGCAGCCGCCUCGAUGCCAACCAGCACCUCCGCUGCCGCAAGGUGCAGGAGCUAGUCGCCUACUGCCGGAAGAGCAGCCAGGCCGGCGACCCCGUCGACGUCGGCCGGGCCGCCUUCCGGACCUCGCUCAACCUCCUCUCCAACACCAUAUUCUCCAAGGACCUCACCGACCCUUUCUCCGACUCCGCCAAGGAGUUCAAGGACCUCGUCUGGAGCAUCAUGGUCGAGGCCGGCAAGCCCAACCUCGUCGAUUUUUUCCCAAUGCUGAGGAAAGUCGACCCGCAAGGGGUGCGCCGCCAUAUGACCGUACAUUUCGGGAAGGUCAUCGAUUUGUUCAGCGGCUUGAUUAAUGAGAGGUUGCAGAAGGGGAAACCGUCGCAGAACAGUGACGUCAUCGAUGUCCUGCUUGCGGCAAGCAAAGACACUCCCGACGAGAUCGACCGGACUCACAUUGAACGCCUCUGUCUGGACCUUUUCGUGGCCGGGACGGAUACAACAUCGAGCACAUUGGAAUGGGCCAUGGCAGAAGCCCUAAAGAACCCGGACAAAAUGAAGGCGGCCCAAAAAGAGCUGGAGCAGGUGAUCGGGAAGGGCAAGGUGCUGGAAGAAGCCGACAUCCAACGACUGCCCUAUCUCCGGUGCUUCGUGAAGGAAACACUCCGCAUCCACCCGCCAGUCCCUUUCCUCAUCCCCCGACGGGUCGAGCAGGAUGUAGUUGUCUGCGGCUACACCGUGCCCAAGAACUCACAGGUGUUUGUGAAUGCGUGGGCCAUCGGGCGGGACCCGGAUGUGUGGGCUGACCCGCUAGAGUUCAAGCCCGAGAGGUUCUUGGAGUCGGAGCUGGACAUGCGGGGGAGGGAUUUCGAGCUGAUUCCGUUCGGGGCUGGCCGGAGGAUCUGCCCGGGCCUGCCGUUGGCAGUUAGGAUGGUGCCCGUGAUGCUGGGCUCGCUGUUGAACUCGUUCGACUGGAAGCUGCCGGGCGGGGCGGGGCCUGGGGACUUGGACAUGGCAGAGAAGUUCGGGAUCACACUGCAAAAGGCCCAGCCGCUUCGGGCCGUACCGAUCCCGAUUUGA